AUGGCGGAAUCACCAGCUCAGAGUGCUGGCCCGCCAAAGGAUGAUCUCCAUCAAGCCGGAGGCGGUGUUAGUGGUGAAGCCCGAUCUGUCAAGACGCUCAACGCGACCCUCAUCAAGCGGAUGGAGGCGAUCUUCAAGAACCAUGCCGACAAGACUGACGCGUCUUGGCACCCGGAUCAGCUCGUAAGCUUUGUCAAACACACCCAGGGCGAUGAUGACCACGCAAUCUCGCCAGCUCUUCUGGCCAAGAAGGAGCUCGGGUUCAACGACUUCUUGGAGUACAUGACCUCUACCGGCGCCAACAUCAUGGCCGCGCCAAGGGCACGGGAUCUGAGCUGGCCGCUCUCGAGCUACUUUGUCAGCUCCAGCCACAACACCUACCUGACCGGCAACCAGCUGUCGAGCGACUCCAGCACCGAGGCCUACAAGAACGUGCUGCUCCGCGGUUGUCGUUGCAUCGAGAUAGACGUGUGGGAUGGCGACGACUCAGAUGUCGAGUCUGAUACGAGCGAUAGCAGCAGCAGCAGCGAUGAUGAUGACCCCAAGAAAGCGGCGAAGCGCAAGACAAGGGUAGAUACUGUCAAGAGCAAGCUGCCAAGGUCUCUCACGUCUCGCCUGGAGAAAACCGCUCUGGGCAAGAAGUUGGACAACUACGUGGAUGGGAGUGCUGAAUCUAAAGGCACCUCUGGGGCAGCACUCACACCUACUCCUACCGUGGCGAAAGAGGGAGCUCCAGCAGACGCCGUGAGCAGCACGAAGACCCCCUCGCUGCCCCUGGUUGUAGAGCCACGAGUCUUGCACGGAUAUACCCUGACCAAGGAGGUCUCAUUCAGAGACGUCUGUGUCGCUAUCCGGGACCACGCCUUCGCUGUGACGGACCUGCCUCUCAUCGUCAGCCUAGAGGUCCACUGCGGACCGCAGCAGCAAGAGGUCAUGGUCAAGAUCAUGGAGCAAACCUGGGCCGACUACCUGCUCUCUCAGCCCACGCAGGAUGCCCAAGAGCUCCCCGCGCCGGAGGCCCUUCUGAGGAAGAUCCUGGUCAAGGUCAAGUAUGCGCCGCCGGACCCCGGUGCGGCGGCCAAGGCCUCGGCCCAGGGUGAUGCCGACACCCUCGACUCUGAGGAGGACAGGGUGCCUGCCGAAGCCGGUGCCAAGGCCGCAAAGAAGCCGUCCAAGAUCAUCCAGGCACUGAGCCGGCUGGGCAUCUACACGCGGGGGGUAUCUUUCAAGAGCCUGACGCAGCCCGAGGCCUCGAUGCCGACGCACAUAUUCUCCCUCUCCGAGAAGGGCGUCAUGUCGGUCCACGAGAAGCAGAGCGCGGCCUUGUUCAAUCACAACAAGACCUUUCUGAUGAGGGCGUACCCGUCCGGCCUGCGCAUCCGGUCCUCCAACUUGGACCCUGUGGUUUUCUGGCGCAAGGGCAUCCAGAUCGUCGCUCUGAACUGGCAGAGAUGGGACGAGGGGAUGAUGCUCAACGAGGGCAUGUUCGCUGGUACCGGCGGCUACGUAUUGAAACCUGAAGGAUAUCGAGGCCAAAAGAAAACCGAAGAGCCCAAAGCGGGCGACACCCAAACUGCUCCGGCGGCCGCCGUUGUCCACAAGACCCUCGACCUCACCAUCGAGGUCCUUGCGGCGCAGUCCCUGCCCAUGCCCGAGAAGGACGACAAGGCCAGCUCCUUCCACCCGUACCUCAAGGUCGAGCUGCACGUCGAGGAGCCCGGCGAGCGCCACGGCAGCAGCAGCAGCAGUAGCACCGGCCUGCCCGCGGACAACGGCCGCGAGAAGGAGGGCGAGUACAAGGCCAAGACCAAGUCGCGCAAGGGGUGCGACCCGGACUUUGCCGGCGAGGCGCUGCGCUUCUCGGGCGUGAGGGGCGUCGUGGAGGAGCUCUCCUUUGUGCGGUUCAUCGUGCGCGACGACGAGAUCGGCCGCGACGGGCUCGCGGCCUGGGCGUGCGUGCGGCUCGACAGGCUGCGCCGGGGGUACAGGUUCGUGCACCUGAUGGACGCCCAGGGCCAGGAGACGGACGGCGUGGUGCUGGUCAAGGUGUCCAAGCAGGUGACGUAG